AUGGCGUCGAACUUGACUGUCAAAGUGCAUCCGGUGGUAUACAUGACUAUCGUUGACUCGUACCUUCGAAGACAACGACCAACAAAAGCAGGACAACCUGCGAAUGAUAAAGCUCUGGGAACACUGAUGGGAUUUUACGAAAAGGAUGCGGUCCAGGUAACGAACUGCUUUGCCAUCCCCUUCAGCGAACUGCGAGAUGAUUUGGAGCUUGAUGACUCUUUCAAUCAACAAAUGAUUCAAAUGCUAAAGAGAGCCGCGCCUACUGAACAGCCUGUGGGAUGGUUCUACACGUCAUCGGAUCUGUCAUCGAAUUGUCUCAUCUAUCAUGAUUACUACAACAGAGUCAUCAAUGAGGUUUAUUUAUUGUCCAUUUUUCUAUGAGU